AUGAAAAUUUUUUUAUUAAUUAAUUUAUAUAUAUUAAUAAAUAUAUCUUUACAACGAGGUCCAGAAGAUGCCAUACCAGUUAUAGAAAUUCGUGGUGAAGGUCCACCAAUGUCAUCAGCACAGAUACGUGAUCUUGAGGAACGAGCUAAUGGUAAACCACUUGAUAUAAAAAUAGAAAAAUUAUUUAUUCCAAAAGAAUGUAAAGAAAAAGUAGAAAAUCAUGAUUGGGUUACAUUUAAUUAUAAAGGUUUUACUGAAGAUGGAAAAUUAUUUGAUACAACUUAUAAUAAUAAAAGUCCCGUUACAAUACAAAUGAGUAUAGGUAUGAGUAUGAUUGGUUUAGAAAAAGGUAUGAUUGGUAUGUGUAUUGAUGAGAGAAGAAGAAUAAAAAUUCCAUGGAGAUUAUCUAAAAAAGUAGAAAGUAAAGUUUGGAAAUUAUUUCCAACUGAAGAACAUUGGAUAAGUCUUGAGGUUGAGGUUAUUUCAAUUGAUAAAUGGAGUAUAGAGAAACAAUUUAAUGAAUUAGAUCAUAAUAUAGAUGGUGUAAUUGAUCUUAAUGAUAUGAUUAAAACUUCUCAAAAAUUAGAAGAUUAUGGAAAGAGAUGGUCAAAUAAUGAUAUUGAUAAUGUUAUAGCAGGAAAAUAUUUUAUAAAAUAUUUUGAUAUUGAUAAAAAUAAUAAAAUUGAAAAAAAUGAAUAUUUUAAAAUAAUGAAAAGAGAUAUGAAAGUUAUGAAAAAUUCAAAUCCUAUAAGAGAUAAAAAAGGUGAAUUUAUUGGGAAACGCCGAGAACCAGGAUUUGGAUGGAUACUUGAUCAUAAUAAUGAUGGUUACAUACAACCACAAGAAAAUUAUGAAGCAGAUAAAAUAUUUGAAAAAAGUUUACCUAUACGUGAACCAAUUGAUAAUUUUAAAGAAGAAUUGUAA